CAACUUCCCCUGUUGUCAGUGAGGUAUGAAACAUUCAAGUGUUCACCAGUACGCAGAGGAAGAAAAAAAACCCACCCACAAGUUGUCGUGUUUGCUGUGUGCUGGCCAUUUUGCGGAGCCCAGUCGUCCGUGUUGAGCCUGUUUUACCAUGGCCGUGUGGGGCAGGAACCUGUUACUGAUGGCCAUUCUUCUGUGGAUGAGUUUUGGGAGAGCUGCUGCUCUUUCAGACUCCCAUAUCUGUUACGUGCUGGAUGGUAUCCUGUUUACGUACGGCCUCAUCCUGACUGCUCUCUACUGUAGACUCAAGAUCCUCAAUGCUCGGGAAUAUGCAGCUGAGAACGCAAAGGGCAAGAAGAAUGUUGAAGAAGGCAUCUAUUCGGGUUUGACUCCUCACGCCGCGGACACUUAUGAAACUAUUGGCAUGAAGAAGUGAAUCCAAGACAGACCUUUUCCUUUAACCCUCUGAGGUCUAAGGGUAUUUUCACACAUCUUCUUACAUUCCCCCUUUUAAGGGGAUUUGCUGAUCCCCAUGUGUUUCAUAUCAAAAAUGUUCAGAACGAACUCAGCUUUCUGUAUAGUGAUGUCCAAAUAUUUUCCCAGAGCAAUGUGUAAAGAGAUAAUUUGACGCUAAAGCUGAAACAUUGCUGUUGGCUUUUUGAAAUUCCUCAAAUCUCUUUUGAAAACAAACCUUAACUUAUGAUGUAUUGUACGAAUUGUUUCGGUGCUUGAAAUGGGUUCACCAAAGUCUUUAGGUUAUAUAUGACUAAAGUAGUAAAUACAUGUCUGAAAUGAACUUUUGUAAUAUCGCUUUUUGAGUAGGAGUUUUGUCAAACAUUGUUUGGACUCAACGGUGCAUCUUUCGUCCUCAGAGGGUUAAAUACCUCUUUUUAUUUUAUUUAUAUAUUGCAUAUCUAACCUCGCUUAUUAGACUUUGAGAGAAUGUAAGAUUGCGUGCACCAGUUUUCAUUUCCCUUUUGCUUUUAAGGGAAGUUAAGAAGGACGACACACAAAUAAAGAAGUUGUGCCCAAGAUGGGCAAUCUCACAAAUGCUUACCCUUGUUGCUGUAAGUUUUUUUUUUAAAUUUUUAAUUUUAUUUGUUACUGUUCUGUUGCAUAUAUUUAAUUUUCACGCAAACACAUUUUAAACUGUAAUGCUUCAGACACACUUUUUUAUUGUAAUGCUUAUAAAACAAAAAAUGAAGUGGGUUUUUUAAACUGUUUAACUUCCUCUUUGAGGCAAUUUGAAAGAUGUCUAGUUAGAUGUUUAGUGCAAGAUGGUAGAUACUAUAGUAAAAAUAGCUGCGUUCCAAACCUCAGAAAUACUGAGUAGUGUUUCCUGCACACCACCGGAUGGCAGUGAUGGUGUCUUUGGUGUUCCAUACCCCACAGAGAAAAGUGUGUGAAAAUGCCUGUAUGAUGCAUAAAGCUCUUAUACAUACACAGCACCUAUUAAAUGUUCAACUUGCUUAUUAAA